AUGAAAGCAGCUCAAAGUCGACAGAAGAGUUAUGCAGAUAAACGCUGCCGUCAGUUAGAAUUUGCGAUGGGAGAUAAGGUAUUCUUGAGAAUUUCACCAAUGAAAGGAGUUAUGAGAUUCGGAAAGAAAGGUAAGUUGAGCCCUAGAUACAUUGGACCGUUUGAGAUUCUUGAACGGAUUGGACCGGUGGCGUACAGGGUGGCUCUACCACCAGCGUUCUCGGGAGUGCAUAAUGUGUUCCAUGUGUCCAUGUUGAGGAAGUAUAUCCAUGACCCCACUCACAUCAAAGAUCAUGAACCCUUACAGAUUCAAGAGGACAUGACCUACACCGAGGAACCAUUGCGGAUUCUGGACAGGAAAGAGCAAGUGUUGCGAAAUCGAACUAUUUAUUUGGUUAAAGUAUUGUGGAGUAAUCAUGCUAUCAAUGAAGCAUCUUGGGAAUUUGAGGAAGAGAUGCGAGUAAAGUAUCCUCACUUGUUCGAAGGAAAUUAUUAUAGCUUGUAG